GCGGCCGGGGGCGGCGGGCGGCGCCCAAUGGGCUGCGCGGAGCGUCACUUCCCGGCGGCGGGAGGCGAGUGGCGAGUGUCGGGCCGGCUGGCGGGGGCGGGGCGGCCGAGGAGGCGUUGGCAGCGGGACCCACGCGGCGCUGCGGCCCGCUUGGCCUGCAACGCUCUCACCCGUGCGGCGGCACGAUGCCCUUUGACUUCAGGAGGUUUGACAUCUACAGGAAGGUACCCAAGGACCUCACGCAGCCUACGUACACCGGGGCCAUCAUCUCCAUCUGCUGCUGCCUCUUCAUCCUCUUCCUCUUCCUGUCGGAACUGACUGGAUUCAUCACAACAGAAGUUGUGAAUGAGCUCUACGUUGAUGACCCAGACAAGGACAGCGGAGGCAAAAUUGACGUCAGUCUGAACAUCAGUUUACCCAAUUUGCACUGCGAAUUGGUUGGGCUUGACAUUCAGGAUGAAAUGGGCAGGCAUGAAGUGGGCCACAUCGACAACUCCAUGAAGAUCCCUCUGAACAAUGGGGCAGGCUGCCGCUUUGAGGGCCAGUUCAGCAUCAACAAGGUCCCUGGAAACUUCCACGUGUCCACACACAGUGCCACAGCCCAGCCACAGAACCCUGAUAUGACGCACAUCAUCCACAAGCUCUCCUUUGGGGACACACUACAGGUCCAGAAUGUUCACGGAGCUUUCAAUGCUCUUGGGGGGGCAGACAGACUCACCUCUAACCCCCUGGCCUCCCACGACUACAUCUUAAAGAUCGUGCCCACCGUGUAUGAGGACAAGAGUGGCAAGCAGCGGUACUCCUACCAGUACACAGUGGCCAACAAGGAGUAUGUUGCCUACAGCCACACAGGCCGCAUCAUCCCUGCCAUCUGGUUCCGCUAUGACCUCAGCCCCAUCACGGUCAAGUACACAGAGAGAAGACAGCCGCUCUACAGGUUCAUCACCACAAUCUGUGCCAUCAUUGGUGGGACCUUCACUGUCGCCGGCAUUUUGGACUCCUGCAUCUUCACCGCCUCGGAAGCCUGGAAGAAGAUCCAGCUGGGCAAAAUGCACUGACAUCUUAUCCAGUCCAGUGCUGAGGACCUGGGACCCCGCUAGCCCUGCCUCCAGCGCCUGUCUCCUUCUGCCUCUCUCUGUCCCAAUGUGUGCGGGGAGAAGGGCGGGUCAUGGUGGCUUGAGGUUCCAAAGCUACCUCUUCCCCGUAUUUUAGAUAAAUUAACACUGCCUGAAGUUGUGGUGUUCCUUUCCCUGAGUUGCUCCAAGACCAGAGUCAGGCAAGGCAAGGUAUUCCAAGGAUGUUGGGGACUCCUCCUGGGGUAGGGAAGGGGGUUGCAGCCCUUUCUCUCUUAGGGAAUAGCCCAGAGUCCCCAUAAACCAGAUCCCAGCUAGGCCUUGACAAUCUUACAGCAACCCACCAUUAGGACACAGAAUUGCUUGUUUUCUCCCAAGAUAGCCAACCUGAGUUUUUAGCCUUGGGACCAGACUGCCCAAAGGUACUGCCACCUGGCACUUUCAAUGUAGCAUGGUACUUCCCAGGCAAGCCCCUAGAUUUGGGAUUGUAGCUGGAAUUCGCUUCUGCCAGUCCCUUCAUGUCCAACCUAGAGCCCAGAUCUUAUCCCUUAUCCCCACUCCCACCUUAUUCUAAAAAGCAGGCGCCCAAUUACGUGGUAGAUACUAAAAUCCACCCGCCAGUCAUGAGGCAGGUCACAGGUGCCCCAUUCUUUGUUCUUCUGAAUCCCCUACCAAUGUGCCUCAGUGGCUGUGCUAUGUGGCAACAGCAUUUCUUGGUGAAGGGGCUGGUUCCCACUGCCAAGUGCCCCCACCAUCACUGUUACACUCUGCAGAGGCAAGGGGUGGGGCUGUGCAACUGGGAAAUACUCCUUGGAAGAGCACAUAAGGCAUAGUCGUGCAGUUCCAUCCAAACGGAAAAAUGCCAGUGAUUAUGUCUUGACCUCUUCCAGACAGCCACCGUUGGUCCCAAGGCCUUAGCUGGGGAAACGAAGCAGACCAGCCCUUCCCCUGUUUGCACCUCCACCUUCCAGGCUCCCAAGGGGCCUGUGCUAGCAUUUGGACCUCAGGCAGCCAGUGUGUGACCGGCUUGCCAUUGAACUCCCCUAUGGGCAGACCACACACCAACUCUUUCCCUGCCCCCGGGGCUGGGGUCCCUCCAGUGUCUCCACUUGCUCUAGAGGUAGAUCCCUUCCCUGCUGCUCCCACUCAUCCAUCCUUUUUUUGUCCUGAAAGGGAGGGGUAGUGGUCCGGGCCUGAAUUCCACCCAGAGAAUUUUAGCUCUGCUGUCUUGUCCCAGGGAGAGCUGCAUGCCUGGGCUUCAUUUACAUCAAGAUUGUUUGCAUACUUUUGUAAUGAAGGGGAGUUUCCAGUAGGAAGAUUUUUUUUUUUUAAUGGUCUCUAUGGAUAGAGUCUCUGCCAUCUAUAAUUUUUGCCUCUGAAUUCCAAUUAGCAAAGCUUCCCCUUUUACAUAUAAGUUAACUGCUGUUGUGUAUGUAAGCUGCCUCUGGGUAUUUCUGGUAUCUGGCCACUUGGAUAGAUUUAUUUUCUUCACGCCUCCCCUGACCCUUCCCCCCUUUUUUUUGUAAAACAUUCUGUUCCCUGGUUACAGAAAGCAGUCUCUUUGGUGUGUGAGUAUCUGCACCUGUGGGGGGUGGGGCAGGGUGGGGCAGGGCGGGGAAUAAGUGGCAUGCACAUGAGUUGAAAUCCCACUUUUAUGAGGGCAUAGGGGAUGUCAGUUUCCCAUGGAAGAGACACCUCUGCCUUGUUACUCUUGUAAACACAAUCUCAAGGGGAAAGUUUUUCCCCACUCAUUGGAUUCAAGUUUUCCCCCACUCACUGGGUCCAAAUAGAUUAUUAAAAGGCUGAUUUUCAGAAAUACUGCUGUGUGACUGCCUUGGUUGUGGCUGGGUAGUUUUGAAGGCUAGGAUGGGACAGAGAGUGAAAUUUAAUGCUACAGGACAGAGGUUGGAAAUGUUAAAAAGCAGUUCCUCUGAGAACUGAGAGUCUCAUGCAGGCUACUUAACUGUUAUAAACCACUGGCCUUCAAGAUUCUAGAUGGCGUUGUCCUGGCCAGAUCAUGUCUGUAGAGGACUGGGGAAGGUUCUAGAAAGGAGGGCUUGUUGUGAUCAAGUUUAACCAUCGGCACCUCAAGUCCAUCUAUUGAUUCCCGUGAGGAAGGUAUCCUGGUGUUACUAAAGGUUGACAGGUAAGGCAGCUCCACUCUGCAGAAUGACAGUUCCCUCACCUGUAGGGCUCUAGCUGUGCAGAAGCGUUUGCUAAAAACAAAAGAAUUUUGUCUCCUGUUUGCUGUUAAGCACUGGUGUUACUAGAAAUUUUAGGGAGCUCCACAUGGGAUGCCAUAUGUUACUGGAGGAAUUAGGGUCCCCUCUUGAGGUUCUUAGUCUCUUCAAUAAAAUACUUUGAGAAUGGA